AUGAAGGCGAAGCUGCUGCCAUCCCUUCUGGCGCUUUCAUGGACGCUCUGUCUCGCUCUCGGCCUCUCAUCCACGGGAGGACUGCUCGUGCGAGCUGACGCCUUUGCAUCUUCUCAUCCACCCGUGGUGAGCGAUCCCGCCGCCGCCAAUCAGCACCUCACACAGGCCAACGCAGCUCUUCAGUCCGGCCGAUACCAAGAUGCUCUCAACUCCUUCGAUCUGGCGCUACAAGCCGAUCCAUCGUCAUAUCUCACAUACUACAGGAGGGCCACAGCGCAACUCUCGCUCGGCCGCACAUCCGCUGCACUACAAGAUUUCAACACACUGCUCGAGCUGAACCCAAAGUUCUACAAGGCGUACCUCCAACAGGCCAAAGUCUACCUCAAAGAAGGAGACUACGACAAGGCCAAGCAGGCGCUUAAGACGUACGACUCUAUUCGCGCCGAGAAGGGUGCUGCAGAGUCGAGCCCUGCGGAAGCAAACAGUGUUCGCUCCAAGCUCACCUUGGUCGAGACAUCACUCAAGUCGCUGAACCAGCUCGUUAAGGAGCUCGACAAGGCGCAGAAGGGGGAUUGGAAGGGCAAGGCGAAGGAGGUAGAUCCGACCAAGGUGGACCACUGCAUUCAGCUGGCUGGCGAGGUGCUCAAGAUUUCGCCGUCGCAUCUCGAGACGAGAUUGACUCGCGCUCGCUGUCAGACCAUGAAGGGAAAUGUGGAAGACGCCAUGGCAGACUGGACGCGCGCUGUUCACCUUUCCCCUUCGCCCUUCCUGCUUCGACGGCUGGCGGUGCUCUCGUACUUUGUCGUCAGCGAACCCGGCUCGCAGAGCAGGGAUGCGGGACUUCAACAUCUCAAGGCGUGUCUCCACUCGGAUCCGGACAACAAGUCGUGCGCCAAGAUGCAUCGAAAGAUCAAAGCGUUGGAAAAGGCCUUGAAGAAGGCUCGCAACUUUUACAAUUCGCAGAGCUACCGCGCUGUGCUCUCAGCGCUCAAGGGCGGAAAGGUAGGCGGACCAACGGUGGUGGAUGAGAUCAAGGAGGCCAUCAAGGCUGCCACCGAGGUGCAGUCGGGAGACGAGGAGGCGUUGAUCCCAUCGACGUACAAGGGUGAUCCGGUUCAGCAGUCGGGAUUGCUGUUUGAACUGCACAUCAUGUACUGCAAGUCGUACACCGAGCUCAACGACAUGUCCAAAGCCAUGCCCUUCUGCGAGCUGGUGCUCGACAAGGAUCCGGACAACGUCGAAGCCGUGCUCGCACGUGCCGAGCUGGCCCUGCAACGCGAAGAGUACGACGCGGCGGUGCGCGACCUCACCAAAGCCUUCGACGCCUCCGGCCGCACCGACCGCAGCAUCCACCAGAAACUCACCACCGCGCAGAAACGUCUCAAGCUCAGCCAGAGCAAAGACUACUACAAGGUGCUCGGUGUCAAGCGCACCGACGAUCUCGCGACGAUCAAGAAGGCGUACAGGAAGAUGGCGCGCGAGAACCACCCGGACAAGGGCGGAUCGCAGGAGAAGAUGGCCCAGAUCAACGAGGCGUGGGGCGUGCUAGGCGAUGACGAGCUGAGGAAGAGGUACGACGAGGGUGACGAUCCGAACGACCCCAUGGGUCAGCAGCAGGGUGGAUAUGGGAACCCGUUCGCGCAGGGUGGUCAUCCGUUCGAUAUGUUCUUCCAGCAGCAGGCGGGUGGUUUCGGUGGUUUCCCCGGCGGCGGCUUCCCCGGUGGUCAGCAGUUCCACUUCAAGAUGGGUUGA